AUGAGGCCCACCGCUCCUACGGCGCUUCUCAGCGCCUUCCAAGGCCUCAGAAUAUCUACGACGCCGACAGUCAGUCCUCUUAGGGCCGCGAUCCGACCUCAAUUGACGAAGCCGCUGGUCGCAUCCCAGAUCCUCCGCGAUGCCCGCCCGUUUUCCACGACACCUGCAGCGCAGGGCACAUGGCUCGAACCCUCGAUCGACCGAACGAAGAAGAUGAUGAAAGGACGUCCUCGCGUGGCUACGGGAGGAUCGACCAAGGGCACGACUGUCAUCUGGGGCGACUACGGUCUCCGAAUGAAGGAUCACCACCGAAGAAUCAGCGCCAAGCAGCUGAAGAACGCUGAAGAUACGAUUAAGAUGAGAUUACGUGGUCAAAAGUACCGACUGUACAAGAGAGUGUGCUGCAACGUUGGUGUCUAUGUGUCUGGUAACGAGAUGCGUAUGGGUAAGGGAAAGGGUUCUUUCGAUCAUUGGGCGGCGCGUGUUGCUGUCAACCAGAUCGUUUUCGAGAUCAGAGGAAUGCUUCACGAGGCUGUUGCGAAGGAUGCCUUCCGUCUGGCGGGUAACAAGUUGCCCGGUCAAUGGGAGUUUGUACACAAGGGAGCGGCUCCUGUUGUCGGUAUUACGAAACUUGAGAACGGUGUUACGUUGGAGGAUCUGAAGAGACCAAGAAAGGCGAUUGCGCCUGAAGACUUGCUGGCUGAGGCAACGAGCAAGCCCACCAGCGCGGCGUCUACCACUACGCCGCUCAGCGCAAUCUCAAGUUCAUGGAGUGGCUGUACUAUAGAUGACCUUACCAGAUGGGGAGGUGUCAUUGCGACUGUACAAGUAAAGGAAAUACCUUUUACACCCAUAAUCAGUCUACCGGCACGGGCCUAUGCCACCAGCCACGCCUCGAUAUUUCCCACUCAACGCGAACGCGUCUUCUUGCAGAGCGCAUCACCAGAAAGUCCCACGCUCUGCAGCCCGCUCCGCCAGCCAACUUCAGGUCUUCAACACGGCGUUUUCCACAUCACAGCAACCAAAAUGGCGCUUAUUGUCGAUAAAAAUAGACCAAGGUCACUAGAUGCUCUGACAUACCAUCAGGAGCUUUCAGACCGUCUUGGCUCUCUGGCUCAGAGCGGAGAUUUCCCCCAUUUAUUGGUAUACGGUCCGUCCGGCGCUGGAAAGAAGACACGCAUCGUUGCCACACUGAAGGAGCUGUACGGACCCGGUGUAGAGAAGAUCAAGAUCGAUGCGCGUGUUUUCCAGACGUCGAGUAACCGCAAGCUCGAAUUCAACAUUGUCGCGUCAAACUACCAUCUCGAGAUCACCCCGUCAGACGUCGGAAACUACGACAGAGUUGUCGUUCAGGAUCUGCUGAAGGAGGUGGCACAGACACAACAGGUCGAUCAGUCGGCAAAGCAAAGAUUCAAGGUCGUGGUCAUCAAUGAGGCAGACCACCUUACCAGAGAUGCGCAGGCUGCGCUGCGUCGCACGAUGGAGAAGUACUCUCCUAACCUACGAUUGAUCCUCCUAGCGAAUUCGACGGCAAACAUCAUCGCCCCCAUCCGAUCGAGAACACUGCUGGUCCGAGUAGCUGCACCAACCCACGAGCAAAUUUGUGAGGUCCUGGCAGUGUCAGCGAAGAAGGAGAACUGGCCCAUGGUGAAGGGCCUGCAUAUGAGGAUCGCGCAGGAGAGUGGCAGGAAUCUGCGACGAGCUCUGCUCAUGUACGAGGCUGUCCACGCACAAAAUGAGAAAGUCACGGAUAGCACACCAAUCCCGCCGCCAGACUGGGAGGCACUCAUCAGCCAGAUAGCGAGGGAGAUUGUCGAUGAGCACACGCCGGCACGGAUUCUCCAAGUGCGAGCAAAGCUAUACGACCUUCUCACGCACUGCAUCCCGCCAACCACGAUUCUCAAGACGCUCACCUUCAAGCUCAUUGCGUUGAUCGACGAUGCCCUGAAGGCGGAGGUGAUCAAGUGGUCGGCAUUCUACGAGCACCGGAUCAGGAUGGGCACGAAGGUCAUCUUCCACCUGGAAGCGUUUGUGGCCAAGUUCAUGAGGAUCAUGGAGAUGUACUUGAUGAGCAUGGAGCUGUGA